AUGUCUCCUCGACCGGAAGACGAUGAUCUCGUGAUAGAACCAGCCGACGACGACGGUCUUCACUACGGAAAUGCAUCGUGAGUUGAUACGAUAAUAACAGUAAUUAGGGAGGGUACUCGGGGGGCGAUGAUCCGGAGAGGUAGCAAUUUGGAAAGGAACAAACGGGACGCGGUUCAUCCGAUUACCGCCAGAUGGUUCUCGCAGUUCCCACAUCCAUCAGGUCGCGGUUAUGCAAUGUGCCUCGCUGAUAAUUUCGUCCUUCCCUCCUCAACCGACAGUCGUAUAAUUGUUCGGACAUUGACGAUCUAUUCCUUUUUCUCUCCCCACUAACCGCCUUAUCUUCUCAACAUCUUUUGCGCACCGUCGUCCAUUUUUCAUCAUUUGUCACACGUUAGCGCACCUUCCAAAGAAAAGUAGGAUUGAAAAUAAAACGAUUAGAACGGUUCGACUUAAAAUUCGAAAAUCCCUUAAACUUGACAUUAAUUCUCUAUGAUUGUUGCCACCGUUUUUAAUCCUUGUUUAAAGCUUCCUUUCUUCAACUACGUUUAAAGAACGAUCGCUAAACUUGUUGGAGAAGUUCCUCUUUAAGGAAUUAAAGGAAUUCAAAAUUGGUAUAACUUUCUUAUCACUUUUAGAAUUGACUCUCUAAGGGAUUCUUCUAGUAAUCUCGAACGAUAUCUCUGAAUGACCACCAUUUUCAAACUAUUUAAUCAACUCAGAUCGAUACAGUUAGUACAAUCCCAGAAAUUCCAUUGGUUACUGUCAUCAAUGCUCUCCGGAAACUGGGUUAGCCAUCAGUCCGUCCGGAGGUGUCAUGUCGACAUAACGGAUCACCACCUCUUCUUCCUUGCAUAAUCCACUUGACACCCCGGCCACCGCAUGGCUACUGGACCACCACCUCCUCUUCCACUCACCGUGUCCAUCCGUUGACUGACAAAACGGACUGACCUCUGUCCGUCAUUCAUCUCUUUCUCUGUGUCUCUCGAAUCAGCGUGCUCUCUCGUCGCGGAUGACUGCCGCGUGGUCCGCCUCAGUCCGCUCUCCGCGCAGCCGCUCUCGCACACCCGCUCAUCGACUACUCGAUUCAUUAUUUAUUGGCCUUGUAAUGAUGACACAUCGUAAAAAAUGCUACUACCGCAGCGAGGUUAUCAGUUCCUAAUUAAUGAGGUUUCGGCAACUGUGUGCGGUUCACCUUAUUUUUCGGUUCCCUUUAGUUUUCUGAUUGGAGUACGGUAGUUUCAUUACCAUAAUUAUAUGAAAUCUUCCUGUAGGACAUCUAGAUUCCCUGAAUGCGUUCGAUUGUUUACUUUAUUCUGUUUCUCACGACUUCAAGUGCAGAAUGAUCCAAUUGUAUUUGCAUAUGGAUCAAUAUGCUCCUGAAUACGUACCGUAUUUCCAUUUCUGGCAAACAGCGUCAUAUUUCGCGCUCAUAAUGACGCCAUUUUCGGAUGUCCCAGUGAGCCAAACAGUCGUCUCUAUGCUCUCUCUCUCUCUCUCUCUCUCUCUCUCUCUCUCUCUCUCUCUCUCUUUCUGCCAGGCACAACUGGUAGUGUUUCCCCCUGCCCGUGCGGUAUUUUCUGUUUGUGAUCCACUUUUAUCAAAUGUUUCUCUCGUGUUUAUCCACCGGUUGUCGGUUCCUUUCGCUUCUUCUCUCUACCUCUUUCUCUUUCUGUUUCGGCACAAAUUUGGAGCUCUCUUAGGCCGUCGGACAUGCGGGACGGGAGUCUGUCUCUCCGUCGCCAGCACGUUCCCUCGCCCUCCUUCCAUCAAUCUUCAUCAUUAUUUCAACUAUUUACGCGACGGACAACUUUCUCAAAUCGUGAUUUAGUGAGCCGGGUCUGCGAAGAAACAGAGCGAGAAUGAGUCGACGCAAAUGUUCGAUUAGUUUGACUGAUGCGCUUUUCAUUGCUCUUCCUCCGACCUAAUUAGACUCCUUCCUCUCCCACACUCUUGAUGAGAGCACACAGCUCAGCACGUACGUGUAUGCUUCAUGUGUGUGUGCUGCCGAGGUCCCUCAUCCGAUUAGCUCUAUUCGAUACCAUUCUUUAAGGGCCCUUGAGCAAGAGUGCAAAAAUCUGCACAAUCCGCAUGUUUGAUCAAUCUGUCCCACGUCUGAUUCAUUUUGAUCUACCCUCAACUUUAGAUCUACCACCCAUGCUCCCUCCCAUUUCUGAUCGAUCUCUUUAAAUGAGGAAUUUCCUCUUUUGUUUCUAUUCAAGUACUACUCCGAAUUCGCUUGCAUUCUCAAAGUUUUGUCCGUCUUCUUCUUCUUCUUCGUUCCUCUAAUAUGAAUAGGAAGUCUCUUUGUGUGAGGUCUCACAAGUGUCAUCCCAUCCGGACGGUCUCUCCCAUCUCCACACACUUUCUCUACCAAUUUCACUUCAUUUUCGGGAGGGACACGCUCGAGUACUUGCUCCAUUUCGUUGCCGCUUCUCGUGAAUAAUGAGCUCCUAGUUUGACCGACAGCAUCCACAAUUUAUGGCCAUUGCGACGCCUUUUGGGCCUCCUCCGUCUUCUCGCACUCCUUCAUUUCCUCCAGUGUUUUGUCGGUUUUUUUUAUCACUGAACUCUUGUUCUGCUCUUCAAUGUCUAUAAAAGAGUUUUCCGCUUUUAAAACGUCACAAUUAUCCAAUUAAUGCGUUUCUUCUCGCCUCUCUUUUGCAUAAUGCCGAGCCCAUAUGUCAUGGUAUUUGUUAUUCUCCCAACAACUGCUCCGUCGAGAGAGCACCACUCCAUCAAAUUUAUGAGACUGAGAACAUUGCCAUUAAAAACUUUAACUGUUUGUUUUCAGAAUGGAGGGCACGUCGACAGGCCAACGCCCGUACAUUCGGCUCACUUCUCAACUUCGCAAUGCAACAAAGAACGCUGGCGAUGAAGUAAGAUUCAGAUGCGAAGCACUUGGAACACCUCCACUCAAGUUCAUGUGAGUCCUUAUUGAAUAGCUGAAACUGAAGUGAUGUUGUUUCAGAUGGCUGAAAAACAAGGGACCAGUGGAAAAGUCGAAACGAGUGAAGAUUCGAGAUAAAGAGAGCUCCUCGCGACUCGUGAUAACGCAGCUCGACGUGCUCGACAGUGGCUACUAUCAGUGCAUCGUCUCGAAUCCCGCAGCAUCCGUCAACACGACCAGCGUGCUCAGGGUGAGUGACUCCUUUUCAUGGUCAUUGUAUAGUCAGCCAACCCAAUUGUCGGCGUGUUUUCCGCUGCCGCAUCCGUCCGUUUCUCAUGAUUAACCGAGAUGCGAUGUCCGUCCGUGCCGCAUCAGCUGGGGGUCGCCGUUGCAAAUUGAAAUUGUCUUUGCAGUUGUUGCCAUUCAGGCGGCGACGCGCACUGGCAGCUCAUUUUGAGGAGGCUUCGCACUCUUUUCAUACUAUUGCGAAAUGACAUAGUUGUUACGAAACACAUAAGGCCUUAGCGUCAAAAGAGCAGUAAAAAGCGGAGAGGUCUCCAAGGGAAUAAACACUUGUUGCCACGUUAUAAAUCAGAUCCAAUUGAAACAGCUGACAUAUGCACUGCGCACUUUUUGUAACGUUCUCCAGUGGGCUCUUCCUAUGCAGACGCACUUUUUGAAACUAUUGCUGUUUCAAGUCCAACAACAAUGGCGAUGAUAUCUUGAUGACAGAAUCUCCUAGGUUCAUUUUACCCAAAUAAACCCAUCUUCUUUUAAUUGCCUUUCCAAGACAAAGUCCCCAAAACGGUUCAUUCUCUGUUCUGCCACCAACACCACCGCAGCCCUUUGUUUUGUCCUCGAUUCGUUGUCAGCUCCAGUGAUGGAUGAGAGAGGAUCGAACCCGUCGUCUCUCCGCCCUCCGCCACCCCAGUCGUCGUCUUCUCGUCGCGCGCUCCGUCUCGCCCUCCUUAUCUUCGCACCUCUUCCACUUUCACUCGACCACCAACACCGGUCAUUUGUCCCUUUGUUUUUCUAAAUGCUUCCGAGAAUUUUGAGUAACUCUUAAGCACAUAUAAAUAUGAUCGGAUUAGUCCAUAGCCCUCCUCCCAGAUCACACUAGAAGACCCCUUGAAAGGACCGCAUACUUCACCCAUCUGCCGCUCAUCCCUCCCUUUUCUACAGUCUGUUUCCGUGCCGAGACGACAUAUUUCAUUUAGAAACGUUUUUGCGUGCUCCUCUCACAAACACUGAGAGAAGACACGAAGCAAAUCAUCGAAUCGAUGUUAUCAAACUCCCGAAAAUUGUGCACAUCCCCGUGGUUGUGCGUUUCCGCACCCCGCACGCUCUCUCUUCAUCUCUUAUCUUACCUCCCCCGUUCGAGCAAACCAAUUAUUUAUGAUCAUGCCAUAUAUGCAUCAGUGGUUUGUGACCCCAGCCUGAUUAUCAUUAUUGAUUCGGACCAUUUCCAAUUAUUUUCCUAAUUCCUUCUCCUUUCCUCUUUUUCCGUCAAACCGGGUGAAUGGAAACACAUUUUGGCCGUAGUGCGUGCUUGGAAUAAUGGGACUUUUCUCCGAUUGCAUACAUUUUAAAUCAGCCGACUCAAACUCUUUGCUCCAAAGAAUCUUGUGCGGAGUAACGAUAAGGCUUGUUCGUCAUGUGAACUGAUUUCGUCGGGAACGCAGAAAAACUUCUGUGCCACGUAAAUAAUGAAGAUAAGUGGAGGGGAAACCAGGUGAUAAGCUUCCCUCUUCUUCUUCAUUUUGUCACUUUUCACAGCAGGAGUCGGUACAUUUCCGCAAGUGUCCUUGGUUAUUUAACCACAUUGGACUGUCACUUUUCUAGUUGGUAAAAAAAAACAAAAUGUGCGCAGGUGCAGUGUCCCAAACAUCUGCGAGUGGCCUGGCCUGUCCGGUUGGUCUCUCUUCUGUAGCCUCGGUUGUUUUCUCGAUGGGCGAUGCUCCAGAUGCUGCGUUCGAUCGAUCAUCCGCCCGUUCUCGCAUGCUGCAGCACCAUAUCAUUUGUAUCCAUCUCGUUCUGCUGCUGCUGCCCUCCCUCCUUUCCCUUUACAAACCGUUCUAAAACGCUCGAUCAGUCAGCGGGCUCCCCCUUUCCUUCUUCUUCUUCUUCUUCUUCUUCUUCUUCUUCCAUUUCCCAGCCCCCUACAUAAAUCAUACGCGCCGCCCAUAAAUGUCGCCGAUUCCAAUUUAUCUAUCCCAUUCUUCUCGCCUAUCGCUCCUCAUUCUCGCCUCGUUUUGCGGCUCAUUCGCAACUUUUAGUGAAGCUCGAGAGCAGAGAAAAAUGAAAAGAGAGGAGGCGAAAAAAGUGAGAAGUGCAACAAAUAACAGGCGUCGGAAUGCGAUUCACUUGAUUUAUGGCUCAACCUAGUCUUCCUCUCCCUCCCUCCCUCCCUCCCUCGUCGUUUCUUCCUAUUGACUUCCCUGCUCCCCGGGCACCAGGGCUCACAAUUCAAAUCCAAACACUUUAUACGACAGGGAAGGAGGGAAGGACGAUGUUUACUCAACAGUCCAUCUCUUAGGUGUCUUUUCCAUUUGCAUACUCGUAAAUGGGCUGUCAGUUCCCAGGCUCUACAGCCAUCCUGCUCUCCCUAUCAUUCGGCUCUUCGGCGCCUUCAAAAGCGACAGCCAGUCCCCUUCAUCUGCCCGCCCAACCUUUGCGAUUUCCCGCGACUUGAUAGAAAUGAACGAUCAAGUUCAGGUGAACAACGUCCCGGAUGCUGUAAAAUCGCAAAGAAAGGAUCACAUCACUCCAAGAAGCCAAUUGCUUUCGACGAAUACGAAGAUUACGAGGUGAGUUCUCUUUCGUUCCUUUCCCGAUUAACCUGCUCUAAUUCAGAUGA